AUGAGGGAGAGACGGAAGGGGAGGGAAACGCCGGGCCCCGCCGCGCCGGAGGAGGAGCACGACGCCACGCAGAACACGAUGGACCUCACCAAGAUCGGCCGCUACAAGUGCUACGCCAAGCACGUGUCCCACCUGGCCUCAUGGCGGUUUCGUGAGCAGGGGCAGGAUCGUCUCACGCGGCGCUCCGCCUUGCUGCAGAGGGGUGACUACCAUGAGAAGGCGGGAGCCUGUAUGGAGUGCGGCAGCUCCUGGUGGACCGCCUACUUCUCGGACUGGUGUGGGCCGCGUUGGCGCGAGCAGCCGCCGUUUGGAUUCCCCAUGAUGACAGGCCCGCGACGCUCCUUCCAGCUCCUCGUGCGGAAGCAUCCCGCGGUGACGAUGUGCAUCUGGCUCUUCCUCUUCCUCUGCGAGACGGCGAUGGUCACGCUGUACAUCGUGCAGACAACGCAGACGGGCGAGGCGACCUGGGUGGACUACGGCGUGAAGGACUUUGACUGGUACGCUACGGUGCAGACGAUUCUAUCCAUUGUGCUUCUCUCGCAGCUCGUCGUUGCCUACUCCGUGAGCACCGUCACGAUCAUCAUCGUGCUCGUGACUUCGGGGUACCGCAUCAUCACGUACUUUGUGGCCCUGGUGAGCGGGCUGGGGUGGGUGAGCCGCAUGUACGUGCCCCUCUUUCUGCGUUGCUGGGCGAUGCGGCAGUACUUCCUCCUCCUGCUAGACUCCUUCGCGAUGCUCACGCCGCGCAACCAUCAACUCGACGUCAUUCGCCUCGCCGCCGGUCCACUGAGCCUCUUCUUCGCCAUGCUCUUUACCUUCGGCUGCGUCUUCCACAUCCACCACAUCUUGCUGGGCCACAGCCUCGACAUUGGGGAUGCGCUCUACUGGAUCGUGGUGACGGCCUCCACCGUCGGUUUUGGCGACAUCGUCCCGCUGGGCAUUGACGGCCGUGCCCUCGCCCUCGUGAUUGUGCUGAUCUUCCUCGCCAGCAUGCCGACGUGGAUCAUGCUGGCCAUCUCGACGCUGCGCAUUCUGCGCGAGUUCCCGCGCUACACGGGGCGGCGGCGACAGUUUUUCGUCUACGGGCACGUCAGCCACGCGGACGCCGUUUCGAUCCUCGAGGAGGUCCUCACCCUCUACCCGAUGAAGGUGGUGUGCUUCUGCUACACCAGCUUCUCGCCGGAGGUGCGGGCCAUUGGGCGGCACCCGCGCUACCGCAUGCGCAGCAGCUUCUACCAGGUGCGCAUGCUCGAUCGCCGCAUGAUGGAGCGGCUGCAGGUGUCGGAGGCGUCCGCCAUCAUCCUUCUCCCCGACGCCAAGACAGACUCCAGCCACAUGGACGCGGAUGUCAUGCUGUGGUCCAUCACCUUUCAACGCCACGCCCCACACGUGCCACAGUACUUGCGCCUACGCUUCGCCUUUCAUGCGAAGCUGCUUGGCGGGCUUGGAAGCUUUCUGUUUGACCAGAACAACAAACUUAUCAUGUCCACGGCCCUGCUGCUCCCAGGGCUUCUGCCGUUCCUUGUGAACCUGGUGCGUGUCGCCUCCGCCGCCGGCACCGCGCCGCCCGACCUGUGGGAGAAGAGCUCGCAGGACAACUGGAAGAGCCUGUACGAGUACAGCCGCCGCAACAUCUUCGCAUCCUGCCCGGUGCCGUGGUUCUUUGUCCACCUCUCCCUCUCUCGCGUUGUGCGGCUCUUGAAGGCGCACAACGUCCUCGUCGUGGGGGUGGAGGAGGCCUCCCGCAACGUGAUGCGACUGGACCUGCAGUACAUCCUUGAACAGGGCGACACCCUGCUGGUGCUGCACGAGGGGGGCCUUAGCGGUCUGUCGGAGGUGCUCUGGAGCCUCGACCCGGGCGUCGCCGGCAUGCGCCAACCAAUUGACGCCUGCUCUGCCACCAACAACAGCUCCGUUGCGUCCAGGCCACACGGCGACUCCCUCCCGAUGUCAAGGCAGGACCUCUUUGAGCUCGGGCCGGAAACCUUGAGCCCGGAGGUGGGCGACGCCAGGCUCUACUACCCCUUCAACAUGAGCUUUGACCUGAGAGGCGAGGAGGGGGAGGGGACGCCAUCGCGGCAGAGUAGCACGGCUGUGUCCGUGGGAGGCGAAGUUACGAACGUGAACGGCAAGCGAGGCGCCUCGUCGGCAGAGCCCCCCGAGUCGCGAUGCUCCGACGCAGAGGUGUGGGACUUGCGCUGGGAACUGAUGCGGCAGCCCUUUGUUGACCAGCACCCCAACGGUGUUCCACUGAGGGAGCUUCCGCUAGGCGGUUCCCUGUCGGUGCUGAGAGAGCUGCUGAGCUACCAUCGGGCGGCGGUUGCGUAUGCGUCUAGCACAACCGAGGAGGCCAUUGCGCGGCUUGAGCAGCAGGUCAAUGACAUUCUCGCCCACGUCGCCUUGGAGUAUCUUGGCCGCAUAGAAAGGGAGGACGAUGUGGAGAACUUUCUCUUCCUUGACCAGGUGUCGUGCUUUCGUCAGCCGGCGCGCUCCUCGCUGUACGAAAAAUACCUCGAUGAGGGCAUCUCCAAGAACGAGCUCACGCAGAUGAUGCAGAGCAUAAAAUCUAUCUACCCAAACUCGCGGCUAACGCUGCUCACGUCGCGGAAUCUUUCGAGCGAGUUUCUGCAGUGGUGGAAGGCGAACUUUGGGAGCGCGCUGUGCUACAUCCGUGGGCUGAGCACGUCGGAGUCGCACCUGGACUACGCCAUCCAGCGAAGCGGGGGUCGCCUGCGGUUGCGCGGGAUUUUGCUCUACUGCUCCCAGCUUGGCACCUGGGACUUUUCCGACAUUCCACUCAUCACGGUGGAGAAAAACGUGGCGCAGUUAAUGGAGUUGGGCCCGCGGGAGCAGCUGCGGGCGUCAGGCAGACCGAGUGCGCAGCUGACGCACCUGUCCGAGCAGAAUUUGGUGGUGGAGCUGGAGUCGUUCGUCUCCUGCAUCUCCGUCACCCCGCACCACACCGAUCCGGAGUGGCGCCGGCGCGGCGAGGUGCAGUUUCAGGACUCCCUGGCCUUCAUGAUGGGCCGCUGCUUCUCGGCCAACAUGCUGCAGACGAUCUUCAUCCACGCCCACCGCGACCACCGCAUCAUGCAGUUCUUCGACAUGGUGCUUUGCCAGCAGGGACGCGACGAACUCUACGACCCCAACCUGUGGACGGGCUACGGCAACGCCCCCACGACCCUCUUCAAGGUGUGCGGCAACCAGCUGCUGCACUUUCAGACCUUUGGCGACGCCUUCUCCUUCCUGCUCUCGCGGCGCUCGUGGGUGACCAUCGGGGUGUUUCGCCGCUUUCCCGACUCCGAGCGGCUGCCGGGGGUGGCGCGGUACUUCAUCACGAACCCCCCGUCGCGCAUGCCGCUGCGCCCCGACGACGUCAUGUACGCCCUCUCCGCCACGUCCCACAUGUACAGCUUCAUGAACCCCUAA